AUGUCAGAAACUGUAGUAUUUUUGGGAAAUUUAACCAUCGCUUCACGUGGAAUUCAAUAUGAACGUGCUAUAUCCUUAGGAUAUUCGGUUAGUCCUAUCAUUACUGAAUCCACUACCUACGUAGUUUGUGGUCAAGAUGUCGGAGCUGAAAUUGAAGAUGCUAAAAAAUUCGGUCUUACUAUUCUUAACGAACAAGAAUGGGAAAAUUUGACAUCUAAACGAGAGGAUGAUGGUCUUAAUUUUAAACCUACUAAAAAUUCUGAAAAGAAACGAGAAAGGGAUGAAAGUAGUGAUGAUGAGUCUGCGGAUAAGGACGAAAUAUUCUCAAAACCUACGACAUACAUGGUAGCAAGAAAUAAGUUUUGGGAAAUUCGACUUGACGGUCGAAAGACUUAUAUCAGAAUAGGAAAUAUUGGUGACAAAGGAGAAAUAACUAUGAAAGAACAUAAAAGUUUGGCCGAUGCAAAACAAUCUAUGAAUAAUUUGAUCGCUAGAAAGACAAGUCAAGGAUUUAAGAAACAAGAUAAACCUUCUUCAACAGCUGAUGCUAAAGCCGGUAAAAAACCAGUGACUACAAAGAGGCACCUCAAGCGACAAAAAACUCAUGUUAAUUCCAAUGAUAAGACUUUUUUGGAUGAUGAUAAGUCAAUUGAAGAAAAUGCGGAUGAUCCUGAAACUUCUAAUACUGACGAUGGACAAGAAACCUCCGCGUCACCACCUGUAUCAAACAAUACCUUCAAAUCUACUUUUAAGAAGACGGCUACCUUACCUUCUUCCAUUACUAAUGCUAAGCCUAAGUCAAUUUUAAAAGGCAAUAUUCCUGAUCUUUUACUUGCUCAUCCUUGGAAAGAAGACGAAGUUGAUCCAACUGGUUGGUGGAUUUCUGAAAAGUUGGAUGGUGUUAGGGCCUUCUGGUGUGGAAAACGAGGUUUACCGAAAGACAUUGAUCUUGACGGUGAACUUUUCGGUGGUCGCGGCAAAUUUCAAUCAACAGUUAGUAUCGUGAAAGCUGGUGUUGAAGAAUGGAAGAAAAUAACCUAUCAGGUAUUUGAUGUCCCAUCGUACUCUAAUGCACCUUUUGAGGAUCGUAUGGCUUAUAUCGAAGAUUUGGUAGAGAAACACAAGCAAGUAACUUUACAAGCUAACAAAUCUAAAUAUAUUAUCAUAUACCUUAUAGAUUACAAUAUACCUCCAUAUGUGCAAUUAGUUCAACAUAGAUAUUGCAAAUCAGCUAAAGAUAUUUUUGAUGAAUUGAACCGAGUUGAAGCAGCUGGUGGAGAGGGGUUAAUGAUUAGAAAACCGAAAAGUGAAUAUGUUCGUGGUCGAUCCAACACAUUAUUAAAAAUUAAAUCAUUUUAUGAUGGUGAGGCUCUUUUAGAAGGUUACGAGCCAGGAAAAGGAAAAUAUACAGGAAUGACAGGUGCAUUAAAAUGUGUGAUGGCUUGUGGCAAAAAGUUUAAGGUCGGAUCUGGAUUGAAACUUAGUGAUGGUGGGCACCCGCGAUUUCCUACAUUUAUUGGUGUUGCUGCUGACAAAACUGAGCCUAAGGAUCCGAAUUUCGGACAAAAACUUAAAAUUAAAUAA